AUGCAGUACUCUGUUAAGCUCGACUUGAUUCGCAGUGCACUCCAGAAGCUGGCCCAUGAGAACUUCCAAUGCUUUAAUCAAUCAAGGGAGAAGGGACAAAUCGACACGGCCAUUUUUUAUGUUAGCAUAAUACUCGGACUUUGUCCCGAGCGACAUCCAGAUCACAGCGAGGCAUUGGAUGAUCUUGGGACGUUUCUUCACGCGCGAUUUGAGCAAUACGGGAGAAUACAGGAUCUUGAAGAGGCCAUCGAGCAUAUACGUGCUGCUCUGGAACAUCGUCCCGACGGCCAUCCCGAAAGUUAUAUUUCCAUGAAUAAUCUUGCACUCUCCCUUCGAACUCGAUUUGAUCAGCAUGGACGGACCGCGGACCUUGAUGAGGCCAUUGAUCUCCGUCGUGCUGUCUUGAAACUUUGUCCCAACGGCCAUCCAUUUCGAUUUGAAUCACUGCAUGGACUCGCAGUUGCACUUCAUACGCGAUUUAAACGAUAUGGGAAGACGACAGACUUUGACGAGUCCAUUAAGCUUUCCCGUGCCACUCUGGCUCUAUUCCCCAGCAGCCAUCCCCUUCGCUCUUAUCCUCUAGCUAACCUCGGGAUUUGCUUUCAAACUCGAUUUGAACGGGACGGGCGUAUUGCAGACCUUGAUGAAGCCAUCGCGCAAAAUCGUGCUGCCUUGAAACUUUUCCCCGAUAGUCAUCCUGAUCGUGCCGCGCCCCUUAGCAAUCUUGCAAGUUCCCUUCAGACUCGGUUUCGCCAGCUUGGACGGACUGCAGACCUUGACGAGGCCAUCAAGUAUCAGCGCACUGCCCUGGAACUUUGCCCCACAGGCCAUCACAAACGUCCUGUAUCUCUGAACAACCUUGCAAAUUCACUUCUAACUCGGUUUCCAAUGUAUGGACAUAUUGCAGAUCUUGACGAAGCAAUUGAGCUUCAUCGUGCUGCCCUGGAACUACACCAUGUCGGUCAUCCCGGUUGUCAUUCAUCUCUGAACAACCUUGCACAUUGCCUUCGAAUUCGAUUUGAACAGCAUGGACAGGUUGCAGACCUCGAUGAGGCCGUCGAACAUCUUCGUGCUGCUUUGCAACUUUCCCCCAACAGCCAUCCCGGUCGUUCCUUGCCUCUGAAUAGUCUUGCAGUCUCAUUGGGAAUUCGCUUUGCACAGCAUGGACAGAGUGCAGACCUUGAUGAGGCCAUCGAGCAUUGUCGUACUGCUCUGAAAUUUUGCUCCAAUAGCAAUCCCCAUCGUUCCAUGCCUCUAGAUAGCCUCGCGAAUUUUCUUCGUGCUCGAUUUGGACGGGAUGGACGGGCCGCAGACAUUGAUGAAGCCAUUGAAUAUCAUCGUGCUGCCUUGGAGCUUUGCCCCGACGGCCAUCUCAAUCGUUCUUCAUAUCUGAACAACCUUGCAGGCUCCCUUCAAGCUCGAUUUGAACGGCAUGGACAGACCGCAGACCUCGACGAGGCUAUUGAGCAUCAUAGUGCCGCCCUGAAACUUCGCCCAGAAGGCCAUCCCGAUCAUUCUGGAUCACUGCGGAAUAUUGCUGUUUUGUUAUACUGUCGAUUCCAGACGUUUGGGCUCAUGGACGACCUUGGAGAGUGCAUGCGUUUAUUCGAAGGUGCUGCCACGUAUAAAUUUUCAAGCUUAGUGAAACGUUUCGAGGCCGCCAGUCAUUGGGCUACCUUUGCUCAACGACAUGCUCACAGUACUACCUCUAGAGCAUACAAGGUGGCAUUCCAGCUCCUGCAACGUGUCCUUAUAAUUAGCCCUACUCUUCACGCACAGCAUGAUUUCCUCAAACGGAAAGGCCCCUAUGGCAAUCACAGAGCGAUCAUACUGGACGCAGUUGCCUAUGCUGUAAAGGAAAAUAAGCUUGAGGAGGCUAUAGAGAUACUCGAACAAGGAAGAGGUCUGCUCUGGUCGCAGAUGCGUGGUUUUAGGACACCUUUAGAUCUCCUUGCAGAAACAAACAGGGAACUUGCUGAAAGCUUCAGGGAUGUUAGUUGUCGGCUGGAGGAUCUCGCAACUUCACCUACCGGAAGUGGACCAUCUGCACUGGACAUGGACAGAGAACGGAAAUUGUCCGAGGAGAGUCUGAAGCUGAAGAAGCGACUCUCCAGUGAACAGGACGAGAUUAUUAAUAAGAUACGACAAAUUCCCGGAUUUGAGGGCUUUCUCACAGCUACGCCGUUCAGAGUGCUCCAGAGAGUGGCUUCAGAGGGACGGGUGAUAGUGGUCAAUCAUAGCAGAUUUCGAUCCGAUGCCCUUAUUGUGCUCUCUGACAAGGAUUUACCUGUUGUCUGUGUUCCCUUAGAUGAUGGGUUCUUUGAGGAUAGCAGUGUGUUGUAUGCAACGCUUUUGGAAACACGGUGGAGUUUUACAGCUAAUUCACGCAAGUAUGACGAGGUGCUCCGCGAAGUAAUGGAGAUGUUAUGGGAUAGGGUUGUCUCCAAAAUCGUCAAUAAACUUGAGGAGCUGGGGAUUGAAGAAGGUGCACGUAUUUGGUUGUGCCCUACGUCUGUGCUAUCGGCACUUCCCUUCCACGCUGCAGGUCCGUUCAAGGCUACAGAUGGCACUACAAAAUAUCUAUUAGACAAAUACGUCUCAUCAUAUACGCCAACACUUGGAGCACUCAUCAAUGCUCAAUCAGGUAGGAACGGAGGAGAACCAGCUGCGCUUAUUAUCGGAGAUAUUUCGCUUCCGUCAGCAAAGGACGAAAUCCGCAAGGUCAAGAAUUGCGGGAUAAUGCCUCGAUUACUCAGCAAUAAAGCAUCUCACAAUACGGUGAUUAAAGCACUUAAGAAGACGACAUGGGUCCAUUUCGUUUGUCAUGGAGGCUUGAAUCCAAAGCCCUUCAACUCAGCAUUCAAGGUAUCCGACCGCGGGCUAACUCUGCUUGAUAUCAUUCAAGCGAAUCUCCCAAACGCGGAGUUCGCAUUCCUGUCUGCCUGUCAUACUGCCGAGCAACCACUCAAUGGUACGCAUGACGAAGUGCUUCAUCUGGCGGCGGCGAUGCAUUUCUCUGGGUUCGGAAGUGUGAUUGGAUCGAUGUGGGAGCUACUUGAUGUUGACGGACCUUUUUUUGCCAAGACCGUUUAUGAGUAUAUGUGCGACUGUGACGAGGAUCAAGCGAGGUACAAGCGAGCAGCAGCAGGACUUCGCAAAGCAGCGAUAGAACUCAAGGAACGGCCUGGUAUUCAGACUGAGAGAUGGGUCAACCUGAUUCACAUAGGUGCUUAA